AUGUCUUAAAAAAUCACUAUUGGAUAUUGGAAAGGCCCUGGUAAGGUUUAACCUUCUAGAUAUUUACUUGAGAUUUCUGGUGUUGAAUAUUAAGAAACCUUAUACACUGAUCCUGCUUAGUGGUUUGGAAAAGAUAAAUACUCUCUAGACUUGCCUUUCCCAAAUUUACCCUAUCUGAUUGAUGGAGAUGUGAAACUAACAGAAAGUGAAACUAUAUUCGAUUAUUUAGUGAAUAAACUGAAUAUGAGCGAACUUUUAGGCAAAGAGUCAGAUAGAUUCAUAGUUGAUAAUCUAAGGAAUAUCUUCUCUGAUCUUUGUACCAGCCUCUUUCAAGUAUUUUAAAAAUAAGGAGAAGAAAAAUUAAAGAUAUUUAAUUGCUAAAUCCUACCUAAAGCUAACGACAUUCACAAAUUCCUCAAGAAUAAAGAAUAUUUGCUAGGAUACUUUACAGUUGCAGAUCUUUACUUUUUAAGUUUUGCUAGAAAUUUCAAAAGCUUUAUGCCAGAACAAUAUGAAGAAUUUGCAGGAACCUUUGAUGCUCUUAAAGAAAAGAUUGAGUCAAUCCCAUAAAUUGCAUCUUAUAUUUCUGAAGGACGUCAUCCAAUUUUAUGA